UCCAGAAGCCCAGCUUUAGUCCUUCUAGAAGGUCGGCAAGUGSUCAAGUGGUGAGUCUAAGUUUGUGUUGCUCGCUACUGCUUCAGAUCCUGAGCAUGCUGCAGUAGCUGCCGCUGGAACGCCAAGGCUAGUUGCUGCAAGUGUCUUCAGAAUACCCAUCUUUCGGAUCGCAACUGGGCAAACCCUGGCUCUCCUGAGGUUUCUUCAAUCGAGACGUCAGUCAGGAAAGACGAAUUGAGAAAUCUCAGAAAACAGAUAGAGAGUCUGCAACUGAGGAGCAAGCAUCGGUGCAAAACAUUGGUAGGAUGUGGCGCCAGGGCAGAGACCGAUGGGAGAAAGCAGCAAGGACAAGCGGGGAACGAUCACUAGCUCCCAGCCUUUGAGCGAACAGAACGCAUCCUUCCUCGAUGGGUUGGUGUGGCGUGGUGCUCUGGCACUGGUGGGAGAGAGAGUGUGGUGUGGCAGGACUGGGAGGAGAGAGUGAUCUGCUGCAGGACUGAUAUGGGAGAUAUCCACACAGAUAAGCGGGGAGCGAUCGCUAGAUGCCAGGCUAGCGCAAACCGAAUGCGUCCUUCUUUGAUGUGUUGCUGUAGCCGCGUAGCAUGGUGCUCCAGGACUGGUGGGGGAGAGAGAGUGUGUGUGGCAGGACUGGUGGGAGAGAGUGUGUGCAUGGCAGGGCUGGUGGGAGAGAGAGAGCAUAUGUGGCAGGGCUGGUCGGAGAGAGCCACGAGGAUAAAGGAGGAGCAAUCCUUAGCUGGCAACCUUGACCAAGUCCGACGCAUCUGUCCCUGAUGGGGUUGUUGAUAGAUUCUGAAGACGGUUCUCAGCUGACAUUGAGACCGGUAGAAACUUGGGGUUGGGGCUUUAAGAAAGUGCAGGGCAGUGUUUUCCUGUUAUAGCCUUAUCCACAUUAGAUUCGUCUUAUCCACAUAUUGUAUUCGCCUUAUCCACAUUAUUAAAUUCGCCUUAUCCACAUUAGAUUCGUCUUAUCCACAAAUUAUAUUCGCCUUAUCCACAUUAAAUUCACAUUAAAUUUGCUUUAUUGGAAGUGUAUCCACAUUACAUUUGCCGCCCCUCCAUGUUUAAGUUACAGUUAAACAAUGAUAAACAUUGAAUGAAGACUGCUUCUGGAUGUAGUCGUCCAGAUUCAUUGUGAAUAGUCCGUGAAUUGUCAUCCAGAUUCAUUCUUGAUAGUCGGUGAAUCGUCAUUCAGAUUCAUUCUGGAUAAUAGUAGUGCGUGAAAUGUCUUGAACCGUUCCAGAUUCAGUCUGUAUUGUCCGUGAAUGGUCGGCCAGAUUCAUUCUGGAUAGUCCGUGAAUCGUCAUCCAGAUUCAUUUUGGAUAGUAGCAGCGCAUGAAUGGUCUUGAACCGAAUAUACUAGCAGCAACAACAGGAAGGGGCAGUUUUGUAAGAAGCAGGGCAUUGUGGGGAAAGGCUAUGGGCCUCGCUCCACUGCUCACCACAUGCACAAAAGACAAAAAAGAUAUGGCGGUGCAUCUUCUCUAUGUUCUAGCGGAAGAUUCAUUCUCAUUUUGUGCAUUUGGUGAGUAUGGCACAUGGUAGGUGGCAGAUAAUUGUCACCUCACCUCGAUUUGGGCGAUAGGGUAAUAACUAUUGUGCACAUGCUUGAUGUGGGCAAUUCGGUAAUUGUUGACAUGCUCGACGAGGGCAAUUGCGUAAUUGUCGACAUGCUCGAUGUGGGCAAUUGCGUAAUUGUUGAGAUGCUCGAUGGGGGCAAUUGGGUAAUUGUCGCCGUGCUAGACAAUCAUGGGGUAACCGUUAUAUUUGUUAAGAUGAUAUCUGGUGACCCUACUGUCUUGCUGUGAAUAGAACCUACCACGGUCAUUGCGAUAACUGUAUUUGGUCCAACUUUCAGUUUACGAUGGAGCGAUAAUGACGGUACGUACGUACGUAUGUUCUAUUCGGGUGAGACGGUAGUGAUCCUGGGGGCGACACUUGGCAGUCGCAGCGGCGGCAUUUAGCAAAAGCUGACCCCAGUAUGUUGACGGAGUGUGGCACGGCAGCUUUUACCAAAAGCUGACCCCAGUAUUUUAAUGAAAUGGCAAAGUGGACAAGAGGUUGAACUGUGAUAAGUCGGCAGUUCAUAUCGAUCACGAAUGCUCUUCGUAAUCCACUUUUCGUAUGUAACUUCGAGCAAAAGUUUAUGAAUAAUCGGUACCAGUGUUUGUUGAUGUACCGCCGGCUGACAUAAUGGGAAGCAUCAGAAAGAGAAAAGAUGCACGCAGCAGUACGACGGUUGUGGGUUUCUGACAGGCAGCAGAUGAAUUCCAGCUGCAGACGCAGAAACCUCUCCGGCAGUGAUUCGAUGAAUUGUGAAUGAGAGGAUUGAUGACGUCGACAACAAGUGUUCCGUGUGCAGCCAACCAGGGUUAACAUCAGUUAAGCAGCAGUCGUGUCGUCGCGUGUGCAUCCAGCGUGAAUGAGAGGGUUGAUGGCAUCGACAACAAGCGCUCCGAGCAUAGCCAACAAGGGUUAACAUCAGUGAAGCAGCAAUCGUGGCGUCGCGUGUGCACUGUGUAGCCAUUGUGAAUGAGAGGGUUGAUGGCAUCGUCAACGAGCGUUCCAAGCGCAGCCGGCCAGGGUUAACAUCAGUUGAGCAAGAAUCGUGUCAUCGUGAGUACACCCAACCGGGGUUAACAUCAGCUAGCUAGGCAAUCAUCGUGGUGUCGUAAGUGCAGCCCAGCCAGGGUUAACAUAGUCAAGCAACAAUCGUGUUGUCGCGAGUGCAGCCAGUCAACCAGGGUUAACAUCAGUUAAGCAACAAUCUUGGUGUCGCCAGUGCAGCCAACCAGGGUUAACACUAGUUAAGCAACAAUCAAACGAGUGGAGAGUGACUCUAAAAGAGUGUAAGAGGGAGGCAGGGGGGUGGGGGGGGUGGGGGUGAGGGGGAGGGGCUCUGAGGGGGAGGCGGAGAGGGAGAGGGGGCCCUUAUUUGAAUGAGAGGAGGACUGACUUCAUGACAUCUACAACGCGUCUUGUGAACGCAACUAACAGGGGUUCAGGCAAGCGACAAGAAUGUUUGUGCGAGAGCGGCUCUGCAGAGUUCGGAGGCAGAGGGGCUUCCUCUUCUUCUUCAUAAACGUGUGUUCGCCGAGGAAUGAUUGGUGUAUGUAUGCGAGCCUGCAAAUUUUCACUUUUGCAGAUUCAUAAGUUGAGGGAGUUGUUUUCUCCAAACUGCUCUUGAAAUUUCAAUGAGAUUCACAUGUCAAUCAAAUCCACAAUCCAUU